AUGUUACGCUCAUCGAUGGGCCUGGGCAGAGCCCGGGUCCCGGCUUUGCGCCAACCGAUUUCUAGCCGAUUCUCAAAACUGAACUCUGUGAUUUCUCGGCCAUCUGCUGCGAUACGGUUGGCAUCUACGGUUACCAACCUUGAGAGCUUUCCUGCUGUUGGCGAGAAGCUCCAUGGAUUUACUGUUCGAGAGAAGAAGCAUGUUCCGGAGCUACACUUGACCGCGGUGCGGCUCACCCAUGACAAGACCGAUGCGGACUACCUGCAUGUGGCUCGGGACGACAAGAACAACGUGUUUGGUAUUGGCUUCAAGACGAAUCCUCCUGACGCGACUGGCGUGCCGCAUAUUCUGGAGCACACCACCCUUUGCGGCAGUGAAAAGUAUCCUAUUCGCGAUCCCUUCUUUAAGAUGCUUCCUCGUUCCCUCUCGAACUUCAUGAAUGCCUUUACCUCCUCUGACCACACCACAUACCCUUUCGCGACUACAAACUCGCAAGACUUCCAGAACCUCCUGUCCGUGUACCUUGAUGCGACACUCCACCCACUUCUCAAAGAAGAGGAUUUCCGGCAAGAAGGAUGGCGACUGGGUCCUGAAGAUCCGCGGGCUCUACUCCCCGUGGAAGGACAGCCCGAGCAGAAGGCUCAAUUGGAGGACAUUGUUUUCAAGGGUGUUGUCUACAAUGAGAUGAAGGGUCAGAUCUCGGAUUCUAACUACCUAUACUACAUUCGCUUCAAGGAAAGCAUUAUCCCGGCUCUCAACAACUCGGGAGGUGACCCAGAAUGCAUCACGGACCUCACCCACAAGCAGCUGUCGGAGUUCUCAAAGCGCAAUUACCACCCGAGUAACGCCAAGAUUCUGACUUAUGGAGAUAUGCCCCUGGCCCGCCACCUGGAACAGAUCGGGGGUGUCUUGGAUGGGUUUACAAAAGGAGACGCUGAUACCGAUGUGAAGCUGCCUCUCGAUCUGAGCCAGGGGUUGAAUGUCACAGUUCCUGGACCCAUUGACACCUUUUCGAGUGAGGACAAGCAACACAAGACAUCUACCUCCUGGUAUAUGGGCGAUUCAACCGAUACUGUUGAAACCUUCUCAGUCGGAAUCAUCUCCUCCCUCUUCCUUGAUGGCUAUGGCUCGCCAAUGUAUCGGGCUCUUAUUGAAAGCGGCCUGGGCUCUUCCUUCAGCCCGAAUACUGGCCUAGAUUCUUCUGGAAAGGUCCCGAUUUUCUCCAUUGGUGUUACCGGUGUCAGUGAAGCGGAGGCCCCUAGCGUCAAAAAAGCCAUUCAGAAGGCUUUCCGGGAGUCCGUCGAGGCCGGAUUUAAUGAAGAGAAGGUGCGUGGCCUUCUUCAUCAGUUGGAGCUUUCGCUGCGUCACAAGACCGCCAAUUUUGGCAUUGGCGUAAUGGAGAAGACUAUUUCGUCCUGGUUCAACGGCGCGAACCCAAUGAAAGAGUUGGCAUGGAAUGACGUGAUUGAUGAAUUCAAGAGGAGGUAUGAGAAGCCUGGCUAUUUGGAGUCGUUGGUUGAGAAGUACCUUCUCAACGAUUCGUGCAUGACGUUCACGAUGGUGGGCACUCCCACCUUCAACAAAGAGCUCGACGAGAAGGAAGUUCUGCGCAAGGAACAAAAGCUUGCGCAGCUUAUCGAGGAGCAUGGCUCGGUUGAAAAUGCUAUGGCGAAUCUCAGCAAGGAAGAGCUACAGCUGUUGAAGGUUCAGGAGGACGCGCAUAAUGCAGACCUGAGCUGUCUUCCAACUCUGCGAGUCAAGGACAUCUCGCGCGAGAAGGAGCUAAAGGCUGUGCGCGAGUCAAAGGUCGACGAUAUUGACGUCGUCUGGCGUGAGGCACCCACUAACGGGCUUACCUACUUCCAAGCCGUGAACGCCUUCAAGGAUCUUCCAGAUGACCUACGGUUGUUGAUGCCGCUGUUCAACGACUGUGUUAUGCGACUGGGCACAGCAAACCGCUCGAUGGAACAAUGGGAGGAUCUCAUAAAGCUAAAGACUGGCGGCAUUUCGACUUCGUCCUUCCUUGUGUCUUCUCCGACUCAUCUGGACCAGUUUAAGGAAGGUUUGCAGUUCUCUGGCUUUGCUUUGGACAAUAACAUUCCGGAGAUGCUGCAUAUGCUCUCUGCUCUGGUCAUGGAAACCGAUUUCUCAAGCCCCGCUGCCCCCGCAAUGAUCCAAGAACUUUUGCGGUUGACGACCAAUGGAGCCUUGGAUUCUGUUGCCGGGACUGGCCACCGAUUUGCUGUUAACGCCGCUGCAGCUAGUCUCUCUCAGAGCUUCUGGAUUCAGGAGCAGCAGUCUGGUCUGGAGCAGUUACAAGCUACUGCCAAUCUUCUCCGUGACGCAGAAACCUCACCUGAGCGUCUCCAGGAGUUGAUUGAUAAGCUGCGUCUCAUCCAGUCGUUCGCUAUCUCCAAGUCAUCCGGCCUCCGUGUUCGUAUGGUCUGUGAGCCAGAGAGCGCUGCUCGGAACGAGUCUGUCUUGCAGAAGUGGCUCUCUGGGUUGCCGCAAACCGGUUCUCCGACUGCAUCCACCGCGCCCUCUUUCAAGUCGGUCGAUAAGGCUCUGUAUGACCUCCCCUACAAGGUCUACUACUCUGGCCAGGCUACUCAAACUGUUCCAUUCGUCGACCCGGCCAGCGCACCCCUUACUGUGCUAUCACAGAUGCUCACCCACAACUAUCUUCAUCCCGAAAUCCGAGAGAAGGGUGGUGCUUACGGUGCGGGUGCUAGCAACGGACCGAUCAAGGGUAUCUUCACCUUUAUGAGUUACCGGGAUCCCAACCCCAUGAACUCUUUGAAAGUCUUCCAGAACAGCGGCAUUUUCGCUAGAGACCGUGCCUGGUCUGAGCGGGAGAUUGAAGAGGCCAAGCUUGGUAUUUUCCAAGGCCUGGAUGCUCCUAUGAGCGUUGACGAGGAGGGCGCUCGCUACUUCAUGAGCGGUGUUACCCACGAGAUGGACCAGCGCUGGAGAGAGCAAGUCCUGGACGUCACUGCCAAGGAUGUGAACGAGGUUGCUGACCGGUUCCUGGUGAAUGGAUCGCGCAAGACAACCUGCGUUCUUGGCGAGAAGAAGGACUGGGCUGACUCUGAGUGGGAGGUGCGAAAGCUGGCCAUGGGUCAGCAGGACGACGCCCAAGCCGCUUAA